AUGGCGGAUAAAUUGGCUCUACCUCUCCUCCUCCCAAACCCGCCUCCCCCAAAACCCUUGUUCCUGGAGAGCUCCACCGCCGCACCGCCGCCGCCGCCGGCCCCAAACUUCGCCCCUCUCAUCCAGGACAUCCUCCCCCGCCGCCUUCACCCCACGGUCACCACCUCCACCUCCUCCGCUCCCCCAAACUACCCCUCCGCCAUUCCUAGGCCACGACGUCGUAUUGGGCAACACCAAGACCCCAACAAGGGCAAGCCCUGGGUCCACAGCGGCCUCUCCUCUCAAGGUUUGCUCGUUCUUCAAUCCCUCAUCGACCCCCAAUUCGACCCUGAGAAUCUCAACGAACAGUUGUCCUCUCUGUUCAAUUCCUGCUACAAUCGGGAAGACGAGUUCUCGGAGGAUUCCAUUUUUUCUGAUUUAUUCGGGAUAAUCAAGGCUCUUGGCUACUAUGAAAAAACCCCAUUGGCUUUGAGUGUGUUUGAGUGGAUUAGAAAACGUAAGGAUUCGGAGAAUUUCAUAAAUGGGUCUGUUGUUGCUGUGAUUAUUAGAAUGCUGGGCAAAGAGGGUAAGCUCUCAACUGCAUCUUCUCUGUUUCAUGAUCUGCAUAAAGAUGGAUUAGGGAUUGAUGUCUAUGCUUACACAUCCUUAAUAACUGUGUUAUCGAGCAAGGGACGUUAUAGGGAAGCCAUUAUGGUUUUCAACAAAAUGGAAGAAGAAGGUUGCCAGCCGAGUUUAAUCACCUACAACGUAAUCUUGAACGCAUACGGCAAAAUGGGUAUGCCGUGGCAUAAAAUUAUGUUGGUUUUUGAUGGUAUGAAGAGCUCGGGUAUUUCCCCAGACGCAUACACGUUCAAUACGAUCAUAAGUUGUUGCCGAAGGGGAUCUUUGCACGAGGAGGCCAAAGGUAUUUUUCACGAGAUGAAAUUAGCCGGAUUUUUGCCUGAUAAAGUUACUUAUAAUGCAUUGUUGGAUGUUUACGGUAAGUCGAGGAGGCUUAAAGAGGCAAUGGAAGUUCUGAAAGAAAUGGUUAUCAACGGUAUUUCUCCCAGCAUCGUGACUUACAAUUCUUUAAUAUCCGCAUAUGCUCGAGAUGGGUUGUUAGAUGAGGCCAUGGAGUUAAAAUCUCAGAUGGUUAAAAAUGGGAUUAAACCGGACGUGUUCACUUACACUACAUUACUCUCCGGAUUCGAAAAAAACGGGAAUGACGAGUCGGCCAUGGGGAUAUUCAAGGAAAUGCAGCUCACGGGCUGCAAACCGAACAUAUGCACGUUUAACGCUCUCAUCAAAAUGUAUGGAAACAGAGGAAAAUUCAAGGAAAUGAUGAGAAUUUUCGAUGAGAUGAAAGCGUGUGGGUUCAAGGCAGAUGUUGUCACUUGGAACACUCUUUUGGCCGUGUUCGGUCAGAACAGAAUGGACACGGAACUUUCCGGAGUGUUCAAGGAGAUGAAAAGGUCCGGUUUUGUUGCUGAGAGGGACACUUUCAACACACUGAUCAGUGCUUACAGCAAAUGCGGAUCGUUAGAUCAGGCAAUGGCUAUUUAUAAACACAUGCUCGAAGCUAAAGUCACGCCUGACCUCUCGACUUACAAUACCGUUUUAGCUGCUUUAUCUCGGGCUGGGCUGUGGGCCCAGUCAGAGAAGGUUUUUGCUGAAAUGGUGAAUGGUCGGUGUAAACCGAAUCAAUUGACUUACAGUUCUUUACUCCACGCGUACGCUAACGGGAAACAGAUUAAAAAAAUACACUCUUUGGCGAAAGAAAUAUAUUCCGGUAAAAUCGAGCCUCGUGCGGGUUUGCUCAAAACUCUUGUGAUUGUCUACAGUAAAUGUGAUUUGUUAAAAGAAACAGAGCAGGCUUUGUUUGAGCUGAGGAGAAAAGGCUCGUCUCCCGAUAUAACCAUUCUAAACGCGAUGGUCUCGAUUUACGGGCGGAGGCAGAUGAUCGAUAAGGCGAACGAGGUUUUCGAGUUCAUGAGAGAAAACGGGUUCACGCCAACUCUUGCAACGUACAACAGCAUGAUGUACAUGUACAGCCUGUCGGUUGAUUUCGAAAAGGCAGAGGAUAUUUUGAAAGAUUUAAUCAAGAAAGGGAUUAAACCGGACGUGAUUUCGUAUAAUACGGUGAUUUACGGUUACUGUAGGAACAGGCGUAUGAAGGAGGCUUCGAGGGUAUUUAAGGAAAUGAGAGAUUCGGGUAUUAAUCCGAACGUGAUUACGUACAAUACGUUUGUCGUGAGCUAUUUAUCGAAUGCUAUGUUUGUGGAGGCCAUUGAUUUGGUUCGGUAUAUGAUCAAGAAUGGGUGUAGGCCGAAUGAGAGCACGUAUAAUUCGAUCGUGGAUUGGUAUUGUAGGCUCGACAGGCGUGAUGAGGCAGUUAUGUUUGUUAGUAAUGUUCGGGAGAUAAAUCCGCACGUUUCGAAGGAGGAAGUUCGUAAAUUGUCCGAAAGGCUGAGAAUGAAAGGAGGUGAUGAGGAGGAUGAUGGUGGGUUUCUUUGGGGUGAUAACCAGAGCUCAAGAUGGAAGAGAGUAAUGUAA